GCAAUUCAAAAGAUUCCAAAGCCUCUGACAAAAAAACAGCUCAUGUCAUUUUUGGGAAUGUGUUCGUAUUGUAGAACAUUUAUUCCCAACUAUGCCAUUGAAGAGUCACCUUUGAGCGCUUUGGCUCACGGAAAAAGGUUGCAGCCACAUGACAAGCUGACCUGGACUCCUGAAGCAGAGAAAGCAUUUGAAAGGUUGAAAAUGUUGUUACAAACAUCCCCAAGUCUGGGACUUCCAGACCCUGAGAGAAAUUUUGUACAAACAGUUGAUGAGAAAAACGGUUUCAUGUCUUCUGUUCUGUUACAGGAUCACGGGGGAAAGCUGAGACCGGUGGCGUAUUUUUCAAGUAAACUCGACCCUGUGGCAGCAGGUCUACCAAAUUGUCUGAGAGCUGUAGCAGCAGCAGAAAAAGCUAUUUUAGCUUCAAGGGAAAUUGUGGGGUAUUCUGAUGUAACACUACUAGUGCCACACGCUGUCUCUAUGAUCCUGUUGGAACAGAAAACAUCUCAUUUGUCAACAGCCAGAUGGCUCAGAUAUAAUACCAUUCUAUUGGAAAUGCCAAACAUCACAGUGAAACGGUGUACAGUGUUGAAUCCUGCCACACUGCUCCCAACCGAGCAGGAUGGCGAGGAACAUAAUUGUAUCGCUGCAUUGGAACAGGUGUGCACACCGCGACCAGAUUUAAAAGAAACCCCCCUUGACAAUGCAGAUUUGGUUUUAUUUGUUGAUGGUUCAGCGUCUCGAGACCCAGAAACCGGUAAAAACAGAGUAGGUUACGCAGUAACCACCGCGCAUGCGACAUUAGCAAGUGGAGCGCUCCCCGCGCAUUGCUCUGCGCAAGCGGCCGAAUUAGUAGCAUUAACAGAGGCCUGUAAAAUCGCAGAAGGAAAAACAGUCACCAUCUACACAGAUUCUCGUUAUGCUUUUUCGACCUGUCAUGACUUUUCGGCUCUAUGGCGAUGUAGGAAAUUUCUAAAAUCCGAUGGUAAACCCAUCCAAAAUCAUGAUAAAAUAGCAGCCUUGCUGGAAGCGAUUUUGCUUCCAAGGUCGAUUGCUAUUUGCAAGUGCGUCGCGCAUUCCAAGUUUAACGAUUUUGUAUCAUUAGGAAACAAACGCGCUGAUAUCGCUGCGAAGAACGCAACAAAGGGAACAGAACCUUCUCUUACAUGUGUAACUGUUAACAAUGACGAACUAACAUUCCCUUCUAGUUCUCUUGCAGCUAUGCAGGGUUUCGCAACACCAGAAGAGAAAAAACAAUGGGUGAAGGCCGAGUGCAAGCUGAAAGACAACAAAAAUAUUGUCAAUCUUGUAUGA